AUGAAGAAAUGCAUAAACUGGUACCCUGUUUUCACAAUGAUAGCGAUUGAUCUGGCCUUUGCCAUUAGUAAUAUACUUCUGAAGAAAGUCGUUACUGAUGGGAUGGAUCAUCUGGUUUUCAUAACAUACCGGCAGUCAAUUUCCGCAAUCUUUUUAUCUCCUUUGGCAUUCUUUUUGGAAAGGAAGAGCAGACCUAAACUGACAUUAAGCAUCUUAUGUCACCUUUUCUUGAGUGCAAUUGUCGGGGCAUCUCUAACUCAAUACUUAUUCCUUGUUGGUAUAGAAUACACAUCUGCAACUUUUGCAUGCGCCUUUAUCAAUAUGGUUCCUGUGUUAACAUUUUUAAUGGCAUUACCUUUUCGUUUGGAGAGUAUUAACAUAAAGUGCAGUAGUGGAAGAGCAAAAGUGAUAGGUACACUAGUGUGCCUUGGAGGUGCCAUCUUAUUGACUGUCUACAGAGGAAUACCUUUAGUUCAUUUUUCGGGUUCUCAACAUGUUAAUCAAUCUAUCAAGCUGAGCUCAUCUAAAGGAAGAGAAAGGUGGACAAUUGGCUCUUUGGUCAUGUUUGCAGGAACAUUUUUGUGGUCCUCAUGGUUCCUUCUUCAAGUAAAUAUUGGGAAUAGAUACCCAUGCCAGUACUCCAGUACUGCUAUCAUGACCUUCUUUAGUGCCAUACAGUCUGCCUUACUUUGUUUGUCGAUUAACAGGAACCACUCUAUCUGGUAUUUGAACAAAAAAACAGACAUCGUCACUGUAAUUUAUUCUGGGAUGGUAGGUUCAGGAUUGUGCAUUGUGGGAAUGUCAUGGUGCGUAAAGAAAAGGGGGCCGGUCUUCACUGCAGCAUUCAGCCCUCUUGUUCAGAUUAUAGCAGCCAUUUUUGACGUUCCAAUCCUACAUGAACAACUUCAUCUCGGAAGUUUAAUAGGAUCAAUCACUGUAAUGACUGGAUUGUACAUGCUGCUGUGGGGUAAGAACAAAGAAAUGAAAAACCGAGACAUAAAAGUAAUGCAGUCUGAAGAAACUCAAGAGACAAAGGAACAAGAUCGACAGUUCCAAGUCAUAGAAAUAACAAGAGAAUCCAGGUGCCCAUGA